UCUGGUAGUCUGGUACAUUUUAUUUCUACUACUACUACUACUACUGGUGGAUGUGGAUUGUGGAGGUGGCGGGUGGCUUAGAAAGUUACAAGAAUGUCCUAGUUGGCUAACCUCAAAUGAGAUCUGCCUCAUCAUCGUAAUUAGAUUGUUUAAUAUUUAAACAUCAGCAUUGUAUAUUUCUUACGCUAAAUCAGCAUAAAUUAAUAAUGAGCAAAAUUUCCUUAUAUAUUGGAAAGAAUUAGCUUCUAAUGUUUAUUUAUUAAAUCUUAAGUAUGGCUGGCAAUUUCUGGCAAAGUUCCCACUAUCAGCAGUGGGUGUUGGAUAAGCAAGAUCUUAUCAGAGAAAGACAUCAUGAUCUUAACAUACUAACUGAAGAAGAAUAUCAGAAAAUCUUUAUAUUUUUCUCAAACUUUAUCCAGAUACUCGGAGAACAGCUCAAGCUACGCCAGCAGGUGAUUGCCACGGCAACGGUGUACUUCAAGAGGUUCUAUGCCCGGAACUCCCUGAAGUGCAUCGACCCAUUGCUGUUGGCCCCCACUUGCGUCUUCCUGGCGUCUAAGGUUGAAGAGUUUGGAGUGAUCUCCAAUAGCAGACUGAUUACCACUUGUCAAACUGUGGUGAAGAACAAGUUCAACUAUGCCUAUUCACAGGAAUUCCCCUACCGCACCAACCACAUCCUGGAGUGCGAGUUUUACCUGUUGGAGAACCUGGACUGUUGUCUGAUAGUUUACCAGCCAUACCGGCCGCUGCUGCAGCUGAUACAAGAUAUUGGACAUGAGGAGCAGCUGCUUGCACUGGCGUGGCGGGUCAUCAAUGACUCGCUACGCACCGAUGUUUGUCUGCUCUACCCACCCUACCAAAUUGCUAUCGGUUGUCUUCAGAUAGCGUGUGUUAUAUUACAAAAAGAUCUGAAGAGUUGGUUCGCCGAGCUCAAUGUAGACAUUGAAAAGAUCCAAGAGAUAGCUAAGUACGUCAUUAACUUGUUUGAGCUGUGGAAAACCUAUGAUGAGAAGAAGGACAUUCAAGCUCUAUUGGCCAAAAUGCCCAAGCCCAAGACCCAGCCUAGCAGAUAGGACUCAAUGAAUGACUAGGCUUCUCAAAGCUUAGUGGGUUUAAAACUGAUAAUCCUAUAUACUACUAGUUUGUACGGUUCGAUAACAGAUUCAGCCUGUUAUGGUUUUUAGCAAUUUUACCGAAAGUAUUAUAAUUUUUAACUAUUUUAAAUCGUUUAUAAUUAAUUUUGUUUCUUUCUCUUUCUAGUGUGUGUGUGUUUAGGUGACAUGGAUACGACUGCUUUUUAAUGUUGUACAUUAUUUACAAAUAUUGUGACAAAUAAGAUUGCAGAAAAAUACGCUGUUGUAAAAAUAUAGGAUAUUUUAUUAAAGUCUUUGAACAAA